ACAGAAACCUGGGUGUAGAGGCCUGGGUCAUGUCCUAAGGCCCUGACUGUGCUACGGAGUAUGAAAGAAAAAGUCGAUUUCCAGGGUGUUCUAACGUGAACCCGGAGGCAGGACAGUGUCUGGAACUCAGGCUGCACAUAAUGUUCAGAACAGUGCUCAUGGGUCGGCCAAGCUCAAGGGAACAGCGUUGACAGUCGUUUUGCUGAAAUUUUCAGCAAGGGACGACCAUUACUUCCACUAUCACCAACGCAACCAGACACUGCUCUGGAAUAACAGGAGCCACCUCCGGGAUGCUGGAAAGGAAGACACUUGACUGAAAAACCGUAACUUUUGUUGGUGCUGAAGGAGGAGAAGGAGGGAGAUGCCAUACAUCUAGAGUCAUAUCACUAGCCCUAACUCAGAGGUGGAGCUAAGGAAACGUCGGGAACAAGGCUAGAGAAUGCCUGGAAGCAGAGGAGUGGCAGGAUCAGACCGGCUCCAGAGAAGAAGGAUGCAGAACAACAGGACUGGGCUGAUCCUGUGUGCCCUCUCCCUCCUCACUGGCUUCCUGAUGAUUUGCCUGGGGGGCUUUUUCAUCUCCAACUCCAUCUUCCACUCCCAGAGGAAUCUGGUUGUGGCCUAUGUGCUUCUGCCUAUGGGGUUUGUGAUCCUUCUGAGUGGAAUUUUCUGGGGCACCUACCGCCAAGCAAAUGAAAACAAAGAGAUGUUCAACCACGUGCUCAGACAGCACCUCGCUUUCCAGGACCUGCCCCUGGCCACUGUAGACAGGCCUGACUUUUACCCUCCAGCUUAUGAAGAGAGCCUGGAUGUUGAGAAACAGGCCUGCCCUGCAGGCAGAGAGAUCCAAGGAUUCCCUCCUCCUCUGUAUACAGAGACAAACCUUGAAUUUGAACACCUUGAAGACCCACAACCAGAGGCCCCGCCACCCUACCAGGAGAUCAUAGCAGAUGCAGGGACUCCAGCAAAGGCACAGGAUGCUGAGGAGCCAAGCAGGGUGCUAAUGGCAGGGACUGCUCUCCAGCUCACAGAACUCACCGGCUGCUGAGAUGAGAGGCUAGGCAGGGACUGGGAUGCUGCUCUGUCACCCUGCACUGGAGCAAGGGCCACCAUGGGUACCAGGGUUUAGCCUUUAGAGAGCAGCAUGGGGUCCAAGAAGUGGGUAGCCACCAGCAGGAAGAGGGUGCAGAAAAUUUCCCACAAAGCCCAACCUAGAUGAACCUCAGAGAAGGUGUUUUCCAUCUCCUUCCUAACCUCAACACCUCAGCCCAAGCCUGGAGGUGCACUUGCUGUGGGAGAGACAGCCAUAGUCCCUCACACGCUGUGUCCAAAGAACCAAAGGAAAGGACAUGUGGGAGGCAGCCCUGUGUCACCCACUGACUGUGCUCCCUGAGUGACACCAUCGCCCACAUCUAGGAGUGUUAUUUUUGUAUCAUUGUAUUUUAAUUAUGUGUGUGUGGUUUUUUUCUAUAUAAAAGAAAGAGACUGGUACAUUUGCUU